ACUCUCUCUGCAGGUUAAUAAUCCUUACAAUUUUUAAUGGGAACAGAUAACCAGACUUGGGUGAGAGAGUUUGUUCUCCUUGGCCUGUCCAGUGACCGGAACACACAGGUCUCUCUCUUUGUCCUGUUCUCGCUCAUGUACCUGGUGACAGUGCUGGGAAACUUCCUCAUUGUUCUUCUGAUCAGACUGGACAGCCGGCUCCACACCCCCAUGUAUUUCUUCCUCACCAACCUCUCCAUUGUUGAUGUCUCUUAUGCCACAAGCAUCGUCCCUCAGAUGCUGGUGCAUUUUCUUGCAGAACAUAAAGGAAUCCCACCUGUGAGCUGUGCAGCCCAGCUAUUUUUCUCCCUGGGCCUAGGUGGGAUUGAAUUUGUUCUCCUGGCAGUGAUGGCCUACGACCGCUACGUGGCUGUGUGUGACCCCCUGAGAUACUCAGUCGUCAUGCACGGAGGGCUCUGUGCUAGGUUGGCCAUCACAUCCUGGGUCAGUGGCUCUGUCAACUCUCUCAUGCAGACCACCAUCACCUUUCAGUUGCCCAUGUGCACAAACAAGUAUAUUGAUCACAUAUCCUGUGAACUCCUAGCUGUGGUCAGGCUGGCCUGUGUGGACACGUCCUCCAGUGAGGUUGCAAUCAUGGUUUCUAGCAUUGUGUUGCUGAUGACCCCUUUCUGCCUGGUUCUCUUGUCCUACAUCAAGAUCAUCUCCACCAUCCUCAAGAUCCGGUCCACGGAGGGAAGAGAGAAGGCCUUCCACACCUGUGCCUCUCACCUGACGGUGGUCGCCCUGUGCUAUGGCAUGGCUAUUUUCACUUAUAUCCAGCCCAGUUCCAGCCCCUCUGUCCUUCAGGAGAAGUUGGUCUUUCUCUUCUAUGCCAUUUUGACACCCAUGCUGAACCCCCUGAUCUAUAGUCUCAGGAAUAAGGAGGUGAAGGGGGCCUGGCAGAAACUACUAGGGCAAUUAUCUGGAUUAACGUCAAAACUGGCAACUUGAUGAAUCAUGAACAUCACUUAGAGAAAAGAGCUUUGCCUUUGUGUUCUCCCACCCAACUCAGAUAUGACAAACAUCAGCUUCAUUGCCAU